AGAAAAUGAGGCAGAAGGAAGCGUUAACCAAGCCCUUCCAUGGCGCAGCCCUUGUCUGUAGGACUCCGACCACCCACGUUUACAUGUUUGAGAAUGGCGAUGGGGACUCGGGGGGCUCCUCUGAGGAAGAGUCCCACAGUGCAUCCCUGCGGCCCCGGCACAAGGAGUGCCCGAAGAAGGGUGCCCACCGCCCUCCACAGCCAGGAGCAGGGGAUGUGGUGCUGCUGCAGCGGGAGCUGGCCCAAGAGGACAGUCUCAACAAGCUUGCUCUCCAGUAUGGCUGCAAAGUCGCAGAUAUCAAGAAAGUCAACAACUUCAUCAGAGAACAAGACUUAUAUGCUUUGAAAUCUAUAAAGAUUCCAGUGAAAAACCAUGGGAUCCUAACGGAGACUCACAAAGAACUCAAACCCAUUUCGAGUCCAUCCUCGGAGAUCAGAGUGACCUUCGAAGAGCAGCCAGAUCCAGACAGGAUGGCUAUAGGCCCUGCUGGCCUGUCCAGCCCGCUGACCGAAUUUUUCAAGGGCAUUGACCAGAAUAUCGAGCAUGUAGUGCAGUCAGAGAUCUUCCUGAGCGAAAGCUACUGCAUAGAGCCCUCCAGUCAGCCGCUACUGCCGGUGUCACCAAAGAUGCCACCAAAUGAUGCAGACUGUGGGAUUCAGUGGUGGAACGCAGUGUUUAUUAUGCUCCUGAUUGGCAUCGUUUUACCAGUGUUUUAUUUAGUCUAUUUUAAAAUACAGGCUACUGGUGAGGUCUCCAGUAGCUUGAACACAACUGCUGUCCCCAGUGACUCCAUCGCAGAGAGUGCAGUUCCCGAGCAAGCCCCCACCAGGUCUGUGGGUCCACUGCCCACCACCCCCUUUUCAGACAGGAGGUUCAGCCCAGCCACCUGGGCGGGAAACUAGCCAUAGUUUGUAAAGAGUCGGAUGGCUUUAGCAGUCUGGCUCCCAAUGCGCGCAGCUAACGGGGGCCAGAUCUUCGGGUGCUGGAUUUCCUUUUGUCUGGCACAUGGUCAUGUUUUAGAAGCCAUAUUUUUUGUAAUACUCACCCUGGGGAGUAACCUUAGCUGACCCAAAAUACCAGUGCCCUUAGCGUGCAACAUCUGGAAAAGCGCACCAAGACAUUGACACCUGACAGGUGCCAUUUCUUACGGGCCUCUAUCUAGUGGACCGGCACUGUCUGCCCAGUAGCGCAGAGGGGCCCCAAGGUAGAAUGACCCUGGUCAGUGGCCCUUCAGCACAGGAACCCCUGGGAUUGGCUUUGGUCACCUGGCUGCCACCUGUGGUUUGUUGCAUUCCUGGCAGAGGUGCUGUGCAAUAAUGGUGUGUCCCCGUUUUAGGGUGACAGCUGAUGGUUGUAACAAACUCUACUUAUUUCAUCAGUUUGCCUCUCUUGCGGCACUGUCAUUUCCAAAGUCUAAACUCCAGAGCCACUACAGUACUGAGCAGCAUUAGCUCUGUCCCUCAUACUUAGUCUGCCACAGAGGUGCGUUUUAUGCUCUGCCUGGUGUGACCAGUUCUGGGCCAACACGCUUGGGGGUCGUCAUCCACGGCUGCCUGACGAGCAGGCCCACAGCGUUGCUAAGUAUUCCUGACAGAAGCUCUGGCUGCCAGUGGCGCUGUGUAGCUAGGGAAGAAUGAGGUCCGAGGGGCCUAGCUGGAUGGCUGCGAAGGUGUGGCUGAGAGCAGCAGCCCCUGUGCGCACCUGGAAGGGCAGUGUGGGCGAUGGGCAUUGCUCCCGGCUGCCUCCCUGACUGUUCUUCGAGGAGUCCUAGAGCCACGGCCCGAAAAUGGGAAAUGGGUUAAAAUGGGCCUCAUAUCCAAAGAGCAGAGAAACCUGAUGGAGGCCUCCAAGUCACUCUGGCUGUGGAAGGCCAGAGAAAGCAUACGGAUGCCAUCUGCUGAAGUUGGCCCGUCUCGCGGUCAAGGCAACAGUGGUGUCAACUGUGGGGUCUUGAGGGCCUCACACGUUGGCCACUGAGGGGGCCCUGCUGGUUGAGCGCGGUCAUGGAGACGAGAGCCUGCUUUGCGGGAGCCUGCGUUGGGCCUGUGGAGAUGGUUGGCUUAGCUGCAGCAAUGUUUCUAGAGAGAAAGGGCAACGCUGAGCUUUGGGUACGGUUUAUGGCAUUUGACGCAGCUGGCUCCUGGCUAAACAGAAAAGGUGUCAUGCCAUGAAAGAAACAUGUAGCAGAAGAGUACUUGACACCCGGGUUCCUAAUUCUCAGUUUUGUGGAAAGCUGAGUUUUGCCCCAGAUUGAACAAGCAAAUUUAAAUACCUUCAAAAUUAAAUUUGAGACUAGAUGGUUUUCAGGAUAAAAUUGUAAAUGUUUACUGAAAGAAAUAGUCAGAUCAGAGAAUGUUUUUCCCGCCAAGCGUUUGUGCUGUCCCCGAGGGGCACUGGUAUUUCAGCCCGUCACCUUGUCUACAGGCAGGGCGCGGCGUCUUUGGGAAAAUGACCUGCCAAGCCAAAACUGAAUUAUCUGUAUCUUUUUAUUUUUUUAAAUGGAAUAAAACAAUUUCUUCUG